UGAGUUUAUGUUGUCACUCAGAUUUGGGCUAAAAGUCGUAACCAAAACUCAAACAUCUAUACAUACAUAGAAAUUUGAUCAACAAUAAAUAUUUGCGAAAACUUGUUCAACUUUUGUGAGGAAAAGAAGAUACUGUAUCCAUUGCCAUGGCUUGUCACUGCUGGUAUCUAAGACAGAUCGUGACCAGGUGCUGUCUGUGCUAUUCCCUGCGCUUUGGGGUUUUGCUCCUUGGAUGCAUCUUCCUAACCUGGUUCAUCUACCUGACCGUCGGCACUGGCUUCAUGAUGGAAUCCAUCUUCCCCGAUGAGUACCAAAAGUAUACCACGCAUUUUAAUCCUGCACCGGCCGCCCUCAAGACCACCAUGGUGUUUUCCUUCUUUGGCAUUUUAGUAUCUGCCUUGCUCUGCAUCGGUGUACAUAAUAACAACGAAAUGCUUUUUCUGCCCUUCUUGGUCUUUUCGCCAGUUUGGAUACUUGUUCAUAUUCUGGUGUUGCUUGUCUACACCUUUAAACUGGUUAUAAUCCUACUAACGCUCUUGACCAUAGUGGUUUUAAUCUACACCUGGAUAGUGGUUUGGUCCUAUUAUGUUCACCUGCUUUUUGCCUACGAAGACGAGCUUGAAACUGGUUACAUAUGAUCUUUUGAUGACAGAGCUUCAGUAUGGAUUCUGUUUGAUGACUUGUACUUGGAAAUAUAUACAAAAUUACUAUGUGUGCAUUCUGCAAAAGCAUUCAUGAGCUUAGUUCAAAAUUAAAAAUAUACAAAAACUA